AUGUCGGAGCUCAAGGAGAAAACAGUCGUUCAUGUCCGCGUUGACAGCGGCGUGAGCAUCAGCAGCCGCCCUAACACCGCUCCUGGCCCGAUCAACUCUUUCACCGCCAAGGAGUUCGCCGACUACGAGAAGCGCCUUUCCCAGGAGAGCAUCGUCAAGCCUCUCGAGGCUUACCUUACCCGUCAGUCUCACGAGGAUGAUCCGCCCCGCCCGAAGACUAUGCCGGCCUAUGUCCGCGACAGCUUUGGUUCAAAGGAUUUCGCCGAUUACGAGAGGCGCCUCAAUGCCGUCUCCCACGAGAAGGCGUCUGCCAUGGAGGCCGGCAUGGUCAAGGAGUCCGGUAUCACUGAGGAGCUGAACAAUGCCGUUACCCUCCCGGACAAGCGCUAUCCCAAGGUUCUCCGCAACCUCCGCCACAAGAUCUUGAGUGUCUACCGUCGUAUCUCUACACUCAUCAUCAUUGGAAACCUCAUCGCUUUGAUCUACCUGGUCUCUACAGCUGGAUCCCCUCUGGCCAUCAACGCUAGCGAUCUUGCAACCGCGACUGCUGUCAAUGUCUUCGGCACCAUCGCUAUCCGCCAGGAGUUGGUCGUCAACGCUCUGUACUCCAUCUGCCUGUCGACGCCGCUGUCCACUCCGCUUCGUGUCCGCCGUCUCCUGGCCAAGGUCUAUGAGAAUGGCGGCUUCCACAGUGGUACUGCCUACGCCGGCACUGCCUGGUUCACCCUUCUCUGUGCCACGGUCACUCGCCUCUACAUCCACAACGGACUGGCUGCCAACCCCAUUGCGCUGGUUGCAAUGGCCUAUGUCACCUUGACCGUCCUCGUGGUUAUCCUGGUGUUCGCUUACCCCUACGUGCGCAUGCACUGGCACAACUCCUUCGAGUUCUCGCACCGCUUCCUCGGUUGGCUCGCAGUCGGCUGCCUGUGGGCCUUGAUCAUGCUCGUCAUCGCCAACAAGCAGGCUGCUACCGGUGUUGCCUUUGGUACCGCCCUGAUCACCGAGCCUGCCUUCUGGUUCCUCAUCGCCAUCACCGCCAUGAUCAUCAGCCCGUGGCUCCUGCUCCGCAAGGUGCGCUUCACCACCGAGGACCUGUCUGACCACGCGAUGCGCCUCAACUACAACGAGAAGCUCGCUCCCUUCCGCGGCGUCGCCAUCGCCGAGACGCCCCUCGGCCAGUACCACUCCUUCGCCACCUUCCCCAACCCUGACUCCGAGGCCCCCCACGGCCAGUCGAUCAUCGUGUCCAAGGCCGGCGACUGGACCGCCGCGCAAGUCGCGGACAAGAGGAAUGAGCGCGAGUACUGGCUCCGCGGCAUCCCGAAGACGGGCGUGCUGGGCAUGUGCUUGAUCUUCCGCCGCGUUGUCAUCGUCACGACGGGCUCGGGCAUCGGUCCUUGCCUCGCCUUCCUGAACCUUCCUGAGAACCUUCGUCGCCCUUGCCGCGUCAUCUGGAGCUCGCCUCGUCCCGCGGCCAUCUACGGCCAGGAGAUCUGCAACUCGGUCAAGCGCUGCGACCCGGAUGCGCUCAUCUGGGACACCCGCGCCAUGGGCCGCCCCAACAUGCCCCAACUUACCUACAACAUGUUCCGCGAGAGCGGCGCUGAGGCUGUGUUCGUCAUCAGCAACCCCAAGCUUACCAAGAUGCUUGUCUACGCCAUGGAGAGCCGUGGUGUUCCGGCCUUUGGCCCUAUCUGGGACUCUUAA